GGCCCUGGUUCCUCCCUUUAAAUCUCCCAGGACGAACAAUUUUCUUUUCUUUAUUAUGUAUGACAGGAACUGAUAGCUAGCGGGCAUGGGGACUCAUGGCAUAUCCGUGGAAGGUCAUCUGGUUGCUCUGAGUCACACGUUUAAGAUUUGCAAUGAUGUUUUAUUCUUGAUGGAGAUUCUAUCUGCUGACGAAGUUAAACAUAUAUUAGUGAGAAGAAAAAGUCAACUAACAUGGCACCAGCAGCUUGACAUUCCUUCAAAAUACAUGGUAACGCAUCUAAAACCCGAUAUCCUCUACAAGGGGAAACAUAACAUACCAAUCUUCCAUGCAACUCGGAAAUCAGAACUAAUUUUUGUUGAAACUGAUGAAGUCUCCAGGCUCCAUAACAUGUGUGAUGACCAGAGCCUUAUAUCCUAUAAGGGGACUGUGACUUCAGUGCUUGAUGAAGACAUUGGCAUAUAUCAGCUUGAUGGCCGCACCCAGCUGGUUAUAUCUUACAUCCAUGACAUCACAGGAGAAAUAUGGAAUAUGUCAGAAGACUUAAAAGACGUUGAACUGUUUAGCAGCAGAGCAUCUGGGAAAGAGAGGUACAGGUUCUUAAAGGCUGGAGAUAAGGUUAUGAUUUUCCAUGCCCACUUUACCAAGAUGGAUGGCACACCAACUUUGUCCUGUUGUGGCAGGAGUUUAGUGAUGAAGGAGAGGCAAUCCCUCGUCAGUCCAGUAGGGAACAGAAGCCCUAAUGCAACCUUAGAUAUGCUACAUUACUAUAAUUUUGGCAUUCGUGGCUUGAAGUGGUUGGCUGAAGUGAGAGACCAUCUUGUGUCUGUACUUUGUCCUGGUAUUGUGGAGAGGAAACAUAUUUUAAGGAGAAAGCAUAAUGGGGAACGAAGUGUCCUGACUCAACUUCUGCGACUGGUUGCAGAUCGCCAGCUGAUAUCUGCAAAUUCCCGUUCACUAACAUUAGAGUUUUUAUCUCUCACUCAUCAGUGUGUUUUGAACAAGGACUUUGAGGCCCCAUUUACCCUCUUGAGUGUGUUGGACUUGGAGUCUUCUGCCAACAUGGAUGAGUGUGAUAAUGAAGAGAAGCAAAAAAUUUGGUCUUAUAACAUUGAUCAUCAUGAUCCUUCAAGAGCUGUCAUAGGUAUGCUGCAGCUUGGGCAAAAUGGGGUCCUGCAGCUGAGAGAUCAGCAUGCAGACAUAGAUCUUGUGGUUGUUGGGAACAAGGAAGAUUUGUUAGAAAAAGUUGGGGCAAUAGUUGUUCUGUUUAAUACCCAGUAUGUGCAGGAGACCUUUAAUAUCAUUGCUGAAGGAGGUGAAGAGAAAUAUAUAAAGAAAUAUAUGAUUGUCAGAAAUGCUGAUAUGUUGGUGCUCAGACUUUGUGACAGGGCAGAGAAAAUGGAAGGAACCGUGACUAGUGUGGACACUUAUUAUGACAUAAAGAUACUUUCAAAGUCAAAUAUGAUCUGUAACCAACAUCAGGGAAGAAAACUUUACAAAGAGAACCUUCAUGUGGACAUGUUCUUCAUGGCCCAGGCUGUGAUCCAGAAGCUGAAUCAGAAAGAUUCCCAGGAAGAGAGAUGGAAAACAUUUGUGAAAUUUCAUGGGGACAAUGCAUUAUACCAUCCAUGUCUUGAAGAUGGCAUUUGUUACAAGGUUAGAAUGCCAGCAGCGACUGUCUGUGACAUGAAGAUGAGGAAACAGUACUCAAAUGCAUGGUUGCAGCCUCUUAAACCAUAUUUUGGAACAUGUGAAUGUAUUUAUCUCCCAGAGGAAUCUUAUAUUGAAGGAGCUGUUCCAGGAACAAAGCAUUUGAAUGAAUCUAGUGUCUACCAGGUUCUAGACUCUACAUUUGGAGAAUGUGGACCACUAUCUGUCAAGGCAGUUAUCAAGGAUAGACAGCACAUGACUCCAAAAUUCCCUUCUGAGCAUAAGUUAAGCAGUGCAGCUUCGUCCAAUAGAUAUCAUGUAGGUGUUCCUGGAAACAAGAUAAUAAGGGUCUUGUUAUGUGACUGUGAAAAUCCUGAUGAGGAAAUAUGGCUUUAUCUUGGGAGUACCUCUAAUUAUCAUAUCCCACAGUAUUCACUUGGUAUAAUACCAGGGGUAACUAUCAUUGCAUCUUGUGUUCUCAGGAAUGUUUCCAAGCAAAACAAGAAGAUUUAUCUCCAAAGCACUGUGUUCACAUGUCUGACACCGAUAUCUAAGGCUGCACCAGACCUGUCCUCAUUUCUGCCUUCCAUUCACAACCCAAAACGCCGCUACUUGAAGGAUAUUUUAGGACAACCAGGUUUAUCAUUUCAGACCUUUGCAACCAUAGGGCGCAUAUGCAAAGUCUCCUUCUGCUGUGUCUGCAAUUUCUGCAAUGCUGAGAUGGUUGGUUCAUCGUGCACGUAUGUUGGCUGUCAUGCCCAAGGCUCAGGGAAGGUGGUGGCUAGUGCUCAGGUGGUUAUUGAUGAUGGCACAGGAACUGCCAUGAUGUUCAUGAGUUCUGUUGAACAUGUAAAAGUUCUCUUGCAAUUAAAACCUCAUCAGUAUUCUCUACUGUCCCAAGAGAUAGUGUCAGGCUCCCACAACCUGAGCUAUACAUCUAAAUUCAAGGACACUGAUGCUGGUGGUAUGUUACAUCCUUCAGAAUCUGGCCUCACAAAAGCCAUGGGGACAAUAUGUUCUUCUAAUCAGUUGCUAAGGCCAGUAAACAUGGUAUGUAGAAUGUUCAAACACCAGAUGCAAAAGGAUGGGCAAGAUGGAGAUAGAAUCCAUCUAUAUUGUGUGGCCAUUUCUGAGAUCAAACCAAACAUAAACUGUGAGGAACUUUUAAAGGAUGUACUGUAGUUUUAUUUGACUGAAUAGUGUGUAGAUGAUUCUGUUAUGACUGUUUAUUCAUUACUAUUUUCAUCAAUAAUAUCAUCAUAUUCUUUUCAUUCAUAGAUAUUUUAUGUUUUAGAGGAGUUAUACACUUUAUGCAUUAUUAUUUCCAGUUUCUUAAUAUCAUCUAAAUUGUAAUGUUGUUCGUUGCUUUUACAAUUAGCCAACAUUACAAUUGCUUGUUAAUAUAAGGAAUUGAGAUUAAUCUGUGAUAUAGAGGAUUAUCAGCCAUAUUCUAGGUUGUACACACUAGGACCCACACUCAACAUGAGUCCUUUAUACAAGCGGUGUGGGGUAGCCUCCUCCUCAAUUUGACCAGAACUGCCUACUUUAAAGAAGCUCAGAUCUCUUUUGACAUUUGGUUACUUUCACUUGGUUAGUUGAUCACAAGAAACCAUAAAUACUAUGAAACUUCACAUAAUUCCACUUUCUGAGGACAGUAAUGUUAGGAUCAUUUACCAACUAUCAACAACACUGCUUUUUAAAAAAGUCUGCAGUUUAAAUGCCAUAACAAUGCAUCUUGUCAGAUAAGUCAAGGAUAUUACUUUUAUGUGAACCCACUGCAGUGUGAGCACCCAAGGAUGCAGUCAUGAAGGCAGGAUAAGGUUAUCAUUAGGAGGAUAUGUUAUAAUUGUUAGUCUUCUGAAUAUAGUAAUUCUGUUCUGUACAAUCACUGCAGUCUCUAGGUGACACUUGUCAUAGAUCAAGUAGGGUCAGGGUUUGAUGUUAGUGUGUACAUCCUAGAAUAUGGCUAUUUGUAUUUAGGUUACAUUUUAUGAAAUGGCUAUUAUUUUAUUGAGUAAAUUUUUAUAUUUUAAUACCAUUUUACUGUAUUUAAAAAAAAAUCCUUUGGCCCCAGUAGCAACAACUUGAAAGCAACAACCAAAAGUACUGCUGACAUUUAGUUGCACAAUAUGAUUAUUACCAUUGUUUGGAAUAGUGCAAUUUUCUGCAAUGUCCUACAAUUGAAAGGCUGAAUAAAGAGAGGAUUGAGAAGAAAAUACUUAUAAAAAUUUACCUGUGAAAUAUUUACAGUAGCAGUUGUUAUGGAAAUUAAUCCACAGGUUGCAGUUUUAUGUACUGUCCACUGUAUUAUUUUUUGUAAAUUUUGUUUCACAAUGAUGAUUACACAAGUGUUAAACCACCAAAGACACAAUUAGUUGGCCCUAGAGAUUGCACCUGAGUUCCCCGUUCCUGUAUUUUUUGGAAAUUUCUUUCUAAUGCUAUUGAUAUUGAUGCUAUUAUCAUUAUUGACAUUAUGAUGAUUAUAACACUAUUAACAUACUAAUUACAAUCUGGAAAUCAAGGAAAAGGUACACAGGUGAGAUUGGUAGGACUGAUAAUGAUUAAGUAGUUGUUGAGCCUUCUAUGUGUAAGCAUAAUUAACACGCUGAAAUACAGUGGGCAUGGCAAUCAUAGGAAGCCAUUUGCGACCAUUGGGUUAAGGUUGGCAGUGACUGUUGAGGUAAAGUAUUUGAUGCAUGAAGUAAACUAUGUACUUGCAAGUUUAAUUCUGUUCCAUAAACAAUUUUGAAAAGAACUUGCCAGGCCUAAAGAAAUUAAUACAGAAGAUAUUUAUCGAUGUUUUUAGCCUGCAUUAUUAGUGUAUAGAUUUACAUUCAGAAGCAAUUCCUCUGUACAACCCUUUUGCCACUAGUAGACGGGAUGAAUUUGAUUUCUUUGGGGAUAAAGUGAAUACAUGUCUGUGAUAUCCAGUGAAUGUUAUGUAAUGUAAUUUGAGGUAAGAUAAAUACAGAAGUGUUCUCAUACUUGUACAUGCUAGUCUAUGCACAAACGCACACGCACUCACACUCACACUCACACUCACACUCACACUCACACUCACACUCACACUCACACUCUCAUUCUCACUCUCACUCUCACUCUCACUCUCACUCUCAC